GUAAACACCGCGGCGGGGCAGUGUGGUAAAGUGGCUCUUGUGGCGUCGGCAGCAAGGACGAGAGUUGCAUGCUGGCUGGCACACGCAGUGGAUACCCAGAGAAGAUGGCAGCCGUCUUCAGAUCCAAGAUAAUUUUUUCCUGUGUUGUGCGCUUCUCCGACCGUGAAUCUUUUGUCUGAACAUUUCAGCAAGCAGAUAAUAAUGGCUGACACCACAAACUCUGCUGGGGCUGAUGACGAUAUCGCUCUUGGUGACUUAACAGAGCAAGAGUCUAAUGCUGAGAACCAACAGGACCCUGAAGCUGUGCUGGCUACCUUUCGCAAGGAAUGGCAACGUGAACUGGAAGGUGCUCAGGUUCAGAGAGGUCUGUGCAAUGAGUCCAUGCAGCAGUCUCCCUCAAAAGCCACAGAAGUGUCCCCCAACCUUCCUAAAGGAAGUCUGAAAGCUUUGCAGAGUUCUCCUAAAAAGGACGUUGAUAGUGAUAGUGUUGGUGCAAACAUCAGUGAAGCAGGAGAGAAUAAGGAUUAUGGUGAGCCUGAUGUUGACAGCAGUGCUCAUAUGGAGGAAGUUACUCCAGAUGUUGAAACAAAGGCAGCAGAAUUGUUCAAAAAAGCUGUUGAGUUGGAGCAAAGUGGACGACUGUAUGAAGCCAUCCAGUUCUAUCGACGGGCAAUGACACUGGUGCCAGACAUAGAGUUCAGGGUCCACCAUCAGAAUGUCCUAGAGUGGAAUGAAAAUUACACAGGACAAGGGGAGAGGGACGAUUCAGCUUCUGAAGAUGAACUAGACCAUGAGGAGAUUCAGGACCUGGUUCUUAGGUUCCAGGCACUGGCAUCCUCCUCCCAAGCAGUAUGCAUACCCCAGUUUGAUCAGGAGGCACCACAUAUUUCCUGUUUGCCUCCUGAAAUGCUGGAGUGCAUCAUGCACUGGGUUGUUGGAAGUGACCUGGACAUGAGGUCAUUGGAGCAGGUGUCCCGUGUGUGUCAGGGAUUCUACUUGGUCGCCAGGAACCCUGAGCUCUGGCACAAAGCUUGUUUGAGGAUUUGGGGCCUUAGCUGUGGCGUUCCUGGAGCAUAUGGGUCAUGGCGAAACAUGUUCAUCCAGCGGCCACACCCACGAUACAAUGGCUGCUACAUAUCCCGCACUACCUACUUCAGGUCUGGGGAAAGUAGCUUCCAGGAUGAGAACUACCAACCUUGGCACCUAGUCCAGUACUACCGUUAUCUGAGGUUCUUCCCUGAUGGCAUUGUCACCAUGCUGACCACUGCUGAUGAGCCUCAAGUGGUGGUCUCUCAGUUACGGACACGCGAUGUAAGGAACCCACAGGUAUUACAAGGACAUUACCACAUCCUAGGCUCCGGUUUGUCCCUGGUGCUGAAGCGACGAUCAAGGGAAAGGCAGAUCAACAGAAGGAAGGGUCGCAGGUACAGAGGAGGAACUACCGAUGUUGCAGAAACUGUUUUUCAAAUAGAGUAUGAGAUUCGACCUGUCAAGGAUCGCUUGCACUGGCAGUUAGUGUGGCGAACAUACUCCAUCAUCUCUGUCUACUAUGAUGACAAGCAAAACAUUUCGCAGAUUGAUGUAAAUGACACCAGCAAGUUUCCUCCUCUGAUUUUCUCCAGGGUCAAGAGCUACACAUUGACAAGUGACAAUCCCCUCACAUAAAGACUAGAGUAGGGGAAGCUAUGUUAUGGUUAAAAUUGCAUUCAGCAAAAUGUAUUUUAGGGAUGAUCAGUAUUAAGCUGACACAGUUGCUGCCUUCUCUUUCAGAAACCACCUAGGCAAGUUAGAAGCACUAUCUGAUGCUGAUCAUUAUAUAUACAGUUUCAAAUGCAAUAGUCCAAUAGGCAAAAGUUAUAUUGUUGUUACUUAAUUUUGUUUAAUGCAGGAACUUUUCUGUAUUUUUUGGCAGUUAGUACUUUUUUGGCAUUUGAUGUCAAUUUUGACAGUAAACUGAACAUUCAGUAA